ACCGGAGUGUAGCUUGGAUUGUAGCGACAGCGGUGGCGGGGGGCAGCCUGCGAGUCGGCGAGUGUUGGGGGCGCUGCAGGGCUAGAGCCGCCACCCAGUGAUAGCAGCGCCUGUCUGCCCCUCACCAUGUCGGACUUCGACAGUAACCCCUUCGCCGACCCGGACCUCAACAACCCCUUCAAGGAUCCUUCCGUUACACAAGUGACAAGAAACGUUCCUCCAGGGCUAGAUGAGUAUAAUCCUUUUUCUGAUUCGAGAACACCUCCUCCAGGAAAUGUGAAAAUGCCUAAUGUACCCAGUACCCAGCCAGCAAUAAUGAAACCAACAGAAGAACCACCUGCUUACACACAAAUUGCAAAGGAGCAUGCCUUGGCCCAGGCAGAACUGCUAAAGCGUCAAGAAGAACUGGAAAGAAAAGCAGCUGAAUUAGAUCGCAGAGAAAGGGAAAUGCAGAGUCUCAAUCAGCAGGGGGGUAGAAAAAAUAACUGGCCUCCUCUUCCUGAGAAUUUUCCAGUAGGACCUUGUUUCUACCAGGACUUUUCUGUAGACAUUCCUGUAGAAUUCCAGAAGACAGUAAAGGUUAUGUACUAUUUGUGGAUGUUCCAUACAGUGACACUGUUUCUUAAUAUCUUUGGAUGUUUGGCCUGGUUUUAUGUUGAUUCUACGCGAGGAGUUGAUUUUGGAUUGAGUAUUCUCUGGUUCUUGCUUUUUACCCCUUGUUCUUUUGUCUGCUGGUACAGACCACUGUAUGGAGCUUUCAGGAGUGACAGUUCAUUCAGAUUCUUUGUGUUCUUCUUUGUAUAUAUCUGUCAGUUUGCUGUACAUGUACUUCAAGCUGCAGGAUUUCAACGAUGGGGAAACUGUGGGUGGAUUUCAUCUCUUACUGGUCUGAAUAAGAGUAUUCCUGUUGGCAUUAUGAUGAUAAUCAUAGCUGCACUUUUCACAGCAUCUGCUGUUAUCUCAUUAGUUAUGUUUAAAAAGGUGCACGGUCUCUACCGCACAACCGGUGCCAGUUUUGAGAAAGCACAGCAAGAGUUUGCCACAGGAGUGAUGUCCAACAAAACUGUACAGAGUGCUGCAGCCAGCGCCGCAUCGACAGCAGCAACCAGUGCAGCUCAGAAUGCGUUCAAGGGUAACCGGAUGUAGGGAAACAGAAGUCAUCACAGUUCUCUUUGAUUGUACUUUAUUUUCCAGUCACUUAAUAUAUUCCCUAAAAGCCUAGGUCAAAAUUCACACAGCAUGUUUGCCUCUUUUGCAGCUGUGCAUAGAUAAAAUGGGAAAUGUUUGGUUUAUCUUAUUCUAAAUUUAUUUCUUUGAAAAACAUAACCAUUCUUUGCCCUUCUUUAAGGUGUUAUAUUCUAGAAUAUAAAGCCUUCCAUAUUUUCUGGAGGAUAAAUAAUUUCAACAGUUGGCCUGAAAAUGAAUAACUAUCAAGUAACUAUUAAGAACUUGGAAGGUUUUUUCAUGGUUCACUCUAGUAUUUUUUUUUUUUUUUUACCUUCAGGAAAGCACUUUGGAUCAAUUUAUUUUACUUUGUCAGAACUGUUUUCUCUAUUUCUACUGUUAAGAAGUGAGGUAGACUGAAAGAUGUAGGAAGUGAUGUUUGCCUACUGGUUUUGUAGUUUCAGCAGCUGCUGGAGGACAAAUAAAAGUAGGAUAGAUACUACAAAUUCUUGGGGAUCUUUUAGGAUAAGUCUUUUGAUAUAAAACUGUAAGUUUGCAUGAAUACUGUUGAGUUUUAUCUGAUCUUGUUUAAAUAGUGUUUUGGUCCAGAAUUUAUCUGCACCACUUUAUAAUUAUAGCGUUUGUUUGUAUGUAUUUUCAUGGAGUAUUCUCUACCUGUGAGAACUGACUGUGGUGCAGAAACAUUCUCUGUAAUAGAAUGUGUAAUGCAGUGUACAGUUUAAGGAAGUUAAUGGAUAGUUUCAAUCACAGAGCUAAAUGAUUAUAUAUUUGCUAUCUUUAAUUUCAAUAUUAAUGUCUUGGAAUAAUAAUUUUGGUGGGAAAUAAACAAGCAUUGACUUUUAGAA